UCCCCGGGAUCCCCGCCAUGAUGCAAACGGAGACUUCGGUCCAGCUCGGCGCCUCGCUGACCCUGGAGACGGCGGAGAGCGCCGCCACCCUGCAUCAGAAGCAGCUCUUUGAGAAGUUCUGGAAGGGGACCUUCAAGGCGGUGGCCAUGCCCAGGCCGGAGAGCGUCAUCGUGGCCAGCAUCAUCGCCUGCACCAGGCUGACCCGUCUGCAGGCGCCUCCGCCGCCGGCCGACGCCAACACCAGAAAGGAGGUGACUUCAGGUUCCGGUGUGCCCCCUGCUGGCAGGGACAGUUGCAUCGCGAGGAAAAGGCGACACCACCGCCAUCGCCGGGCGAGGAGCGCCUCCUUUGACGAUGAGCUGUCACUGCGGCCGAAAGCCAAGAAGAAGAAGAGAAAGUCGGACAAGAGCAGGCGACGACGGAGAAGGUCACCUUCCUGCAGCCUCUCGCCGCUGAGGAAGAAGAAAAAGAAAAAGAAGAACGCCAAGAAAAGCAAGCGGCAUCGGUAUAGCUCAAAAAAGUCCAAGCACAGCUCCAGCAGCUUGAAGCAGAAGAGGAAGGAGGAGCGCAGGCACAAGAAAAGCUCGAGGACUCGCUCGCGUCGAAAGCGCCGCCGCCAGAGGUCAGCCUCGGAAAGUUCUUGCUGUCAAUCAUCUGCAGAGGACAGACACUUUGUGGAAAAAAGUGAGUCCCGUCAGACCCCGGGACGUAUGGCGCUCGCCCAUGAUGGGACCAAUGGCGUGCUGGUGCACAAAUCAGUAAAAACAGCGGCAAAAUAUCCAUCGGUCCUCUCCACCGGCGGCAGUUUGUCGUCAAAGCUUUUAGAGGGGACGACAUCCCGUCACGGCGGCGGUGCGCACGAUUAUGACUCGGGCAACGACACCUCGUCGCCGCCUUCCUGCAAAACUGCCGCCGACGGCAAGAGCGCGGAGCGUCGGCGCGCCGCCUCGCCCGGGAAGAUGCCGUUCGCUGACAAGGACGACGUCUCCGACUCAGGGAACUCGGUGACGAGCUACGCCUCGCUGUGCAAAACCUGCAGGGACGACAGCUUGAGAGAACACGUCAUGUUGGGAUGUCGGGUUGACGUCAUGAGAUCUUCUGAGACUUCCGGCUGCUCCCAUGAGGCGAGCGAGUCUUCCGGAAGGUCACGGAGCCGAGGGAGGAAGAAGAAGAAGAAGAAGAGGAGUAGAAGGAAAAGGUGCAGAUCAUCCGGCAGCUCCAGAUACUCGGGACGCCACUCUCGAAGCUUGUCGUCUGUUAGGUCCUACUCGCGUUUGCCGAGUUAUUCUCCGGCUCGGAGGCGGCGAGGCAGCGUGAGCAGCAACAGCUCCAGGGGAAGCUACUCCAGAUACAGCCACGACAGGUCGCGAUCAAGGCGGCGGACGUCCAGUUCCAGAGAGACGGACGUCACGCACAAGUCCAGCAGGAAGCGACGGAGACGCGAAUUCUACUCUCCGAUGAGGAAGAGGAGGAAGGACUCGCCGAGCCAUCUGGAGGCGCGUCGAAUCACGAGUGCCAGGAAGAGGCCCGUCCCUUACUUCCGCCGCAGUCCCUCCACCUGCAGCAGCACCACGUCCUGGAGCAGCCUCUUCUCGCGCGGUCGCAGGUUCGUCCGCAGCCUGGAGCGCAGCAGGAGCCGCGGUCGCAGCUCCUCCACUUCCUGCUGCUCCUACAGGAGCUUCAGUCGCAGCUCCUCCUGGAACUCCGUCUUUGGGACCCAGCGCCGAGGUAUCAGAAGGAGCAGACAUUAGGACGGGAAGGGGAAGGCUUGGACGCGAGGGUCCCGGGCAGGGGGUGAGACCCUUUUGUUGUUGGCCCCAGACUGUCCUUCACAUCACGUGACCAUAUUUGGUCAUAUGUUGUACCUCAACACUCCAUUGGAAAGCUCAUGGGGGACACUGUUGAACGUAAAAGGUGACGGUCUUCAGUCUUUCAGGGAUUGUAGAAGAAUCUAUUUGUUUUGAAUCCAUUGCGGGUCCCGUUUAUGUUGACCGACUUGCAUAGACUCGAACCAAAGGUCAAAUCCUCUUCAAAAUAUUCCGAUUUUUUUAUUGUUAACAUUCCAUGGAUUACUGUUGGUUCAAGCAAGAAAAGAACAGUCACAAUCGCCAUGAGAUGACAAGACUCCUACUGGUUUUGAUCUCCACUUGACUAGACGAAGUCCAAAGUGUAGUAUAUGCUACACUAUGUUGCCAAAAGUAUCUGGCCACCCAUCCAAAUGAUGAGAAUCAGGUGUCCUAUUCACUAUAAAAUCAAGCACUUAGGCAUGGAGACUGUUUCUACAAACAUUUGUGAAAGGAGCUCUCAGGUGUGGAACUGUCAUAGGAUGCCACCUGUGCAACAAAUCCAGUCGGGAAAUUUCCUCGCUCCUAAAUAUUCCAAAGUCAACUGUGGGCUUUAUUAUAAGA